AGUCAUGUUUCAUUUAUUUAUUCAUGUAGUAAAUUUUUACUGAGCUCCUUUUUUAGGUCUCAGAACAUAUUGCUGAAAUCAAAGGUAAGAUACGAAAUUAUCUCCAAAUGAUGUAAACUGCUCAAACCUAAAACAGAAAAAUGGAAGUCAGUAAAACAAAUAUGAAUAUUUGUUAUCUGUUGGUGAUAAGAUUAUUGUUGAUGGAUUUGGACAUACUUAUUAGGCAUUCAAGUGGUGAUGACAAACUGCUAUUCCAACCUUUCUGUUUAGGACUGAUCUUGGCUUUUUUUUAUUGCUCCUCUGUAGAAUAUUUCCAAGAGCCAAAAAAAAAAAGUUGACAGUCUUUCACAAUUAAAGAAACUGGGUCAUUCAUGGACAACAGUGUGGUGAUUGCCAGGGUGGAGGGGGAUCAGAAGAGGUACUAGAGGACACAGAGGGAAUAAAAGGUGAUGGGGAAAAAAUAAAUUUUAAAAAAUAAGAAAUAAGCAACUGAGUCAUUGGUAGGAGUCUCUAAUUAGGGCCCUCAGCUAAAUUUUCAAAUGUAACCUCCUUCAUAUUUUAGUUUUAGGAAAGACACUGAACAGGGCACCUGUGCCAUGGACAUCUCCACAACAGUUCCAACAGUUACCAACAGUUCCAGCCUCCACAUCUCCCAGUUCAUCUUGAUGGGGCUCCCAGGCAUUCACGAGUGGCAGCACUGGCUCUCCCUGCCCCUGGCUCUACUCUACCUAUUAGCUCUUGCUGCCAAUCUCCUCAUAUUCAUCACCAUCCAACAUGAGCCCACACUACAUGAGCCCAUGUACCGUUUCCUGGGCAUAUUGGCACUUGUCGACAUUGGCUUGGCCACCACCAUUAUGCCCAAGAUUAUGGCUAUCUUCUGGUUUGAUGCCAAGGCCAUCAGCCUCCCUGAAUGUUUUGCUCAGAUGUAUGUCAUCCACUGCUUCUUUGGUAUGGAGUCUGGUAUCUUCCUCUGCAUGGCAGUGGACAGAUACAUAGCCAUCUGUCACCCUCUUCGAUACCCCUCCAUAGUCACUACUGCUUUUAUGGUCAAAGUCACAGGAUUCAUGGUGCUCAGGAAUGGCCUGUUGACCAUCCCAGUGCCUGUCCUGGCUGCCCAAAGACUCUACUGCUCCAAGAAUGAAAUUGACCACUGCCUGUGCUCUAACUUGGGGGUCAUCAGCCUGGCCUGUGAUGACAUCACUGUGAACAAAUUUUACCAACUGUUCUUAGCAUGGGUCCUAGUUGGGAGUGAUAUGGCUCUGGUUUUUUCUUCCUAUGCACUAAUCCUUCACACUGUGCUGAGGCUGAACUCAACCAAAGCAAUGUCCAAGGCUCUGAGCACCUGCAGCUCCCAUCUCAUCCUCAUUUUCUUCUUCUACACAGGUAUCAUUGUGCUGUCUGUCACACACCUUGUAGAAGAAAAGAUUCCCCUUAUCCCUGUACUCCUUAAUGUGCUGCACAAUGUUAUCCCCCCUGCUCUCAACCCCAUGGUCUAUGCUCUCAGGAUGGGAGAGCUCAGACUGGGUUUCCAGAGGAUACAUGGGUGGGUGAAUUCUCCACCCACAUCAGAAGUAACCUUAGCUUUAUAAGGCCAUACAGAUGUUAAUACGACAGAGGUUGUGGCUCUGAAUAGGCCUACAUUGUAAAAAAUUGGGAAAAAAUACAAUAACGUCAUGAAAACUGUCAGCCUCACUUAUUGAAAUAAGCAUUUGAAAAGUAUAA